AUGGGCACCAAGGUCAAGCUCCCACCUCCUGUCGUGACCGCAGACCCAGAAACCGGCGAGAAGAUUCUUCAAGAAGGGCGCAGAGUCAACUACCUCGCACCGCUCUCGACUGGUCUCUCGGUGGGCCUCAACAUCUUCAUGGUCUCUGGCUUCGUCACCAAAGUUGUCGUCGAGACACUGGUCGAUGGCAACUAUUUGCGGAUGGCAAUGCUCGCCGUCGUACCGUUCUUCAUGAUCAUCUCGCAAUUUCUUUGGGACAACUUGAUCUCGUUCAUCUCGCAAGUCUUCUUCCCGAUCAAGCAGAUGCACGAAAACAGCUUGUACUAUUCGGGCGUCGCAAGCGAGCCGCUGCCGGCCGACCAUCCGCUCCCCAGCUUCACAAUCCACAUGCCAUGUUACAAGGAAGGCCUCAACUCCGUCCUCAGGCCCAGUCUCGAAAGCGCCCUCACCGCUGUCAGAACGUACCGCGCGAUGGGUGGCGUGGCCAACAUCGUGGUAUCUGAGGAUGGUAUGCGGCUUCUGUCAAGGGAAGAGGCCGAAGAGCGCGUUCAUUAUUAUGACUCCAUCGAAGCUGGCUGGGUUGCAAGGCCGCGCCACGGUGACGAAUACAUCCGCAAGGGCCGUUUCAAGAAGGCAUCAAACCUUAAUUUCACAUACAAUCUUUCGCUGCGCAUUGAAGAGCUACUUGAGGAGGCCAGGAACCGUUCGAAUGCUUCAGAGUGGGAUGAAGAGUCUUCCUAUCAGAUUGCCUUCGACCAAGCGGUGGAGGAGACACAGGGACAAGCAUGGGCCUCGGGCAACAUUCGCAUGGGCGACUACAUCCUCCUUAUCGAUUCUGACACGAGAAUGAAAGCCGACUGUCUGGCUGAGGCGGCAGCCGAGAUGGAGCGGAGUCCCGAAGUGGGCGCAUUGCAACACUGCUCCGGUGUCAUGUACGUCCGCAACCACUACUUCGAACGGUUCAUUGGCUACUUUACGUCGGCAUGCAUCAACUUCAGCAUCUCGUGGAACUGCGCAAAUGGCGCCAUGGCACCUCUGAUGGGUCACAAUGUGUUCCUCAGGUGGAAGGCUAUGCAGCAAGUCGCCACCAUUGAUAGCGACGGCGAGAGGUGCAUCUUCUCACCACAUCACGUUUCCGAGGACUUCGAAAUGGCGCUCAAGAUGCAGCUCAAGGGUUACAUCGUGCGAUGGGCCACCUACUCGGACGAAGGUUUCACAGAAGGUGUUUCCUUCAACCCUGAGGAUGAGGUGACGAGGUACCAAAAGUACGCCUACGGUUGCUCGGAGAUUGUUUUCAACCCGCUUCGCUACUGGCUCACAAGAGGCCCACUGAGCAAGCUGUUCCGAAGCUUCCUCUUCAGUAAUGUGCCGACGGCAUACAAGAUCUCGACAAUGUCCUACAUGUCGACCUACUACGCACUCGGUGUCUCGUUCCCCUUGACGAUGGCCAUGUUCGCUGUCCAAGGCCUCUUCUACCCUUGGCUCGACCCAUCCUUCCUGCCCAACUUCGACGUCUGGGUUACUGUCUCCCUCAUUUUUACCCUCUGUGGUGGACCCGGUCUGGUCAUCGCACGCGCUCGCUGUGGCCAUCAGACGCUCUGGGGUGCCUUCAAAGAUUGCAUCUCCCACUUGCCAGCGUCGGCCGUCUUCUUCUCGGGUCUCUCCUACCACAUUCUCACCGCCCUUUGCUCGCACAUGUUCAGCUUUAACAUGUCCUGGACGACGACCAACAAGGACUUCACCGAGUCGAGCAUCACCCAAGUGUUUAGGCGGUUCUGGACCGUGUACGCCGUCUGCGCCACUUUCCUCGCUGGGAUCGCUAUCUCGGCUUCGCCCCUGUUCAGCAUCAAGUGGAGGAUCCAAGGCUUUAACGCGCUGGUGCCGCCACUGCUUCUUCUGCUUCUGCAUAUUCUCUUCCCGCUUAUUUUGGAUCCGGGAAUGCUCCACCAGUACCUCCCCCAGAUUGGAGAAGCCAAAACGGUGGUCAAGAAAAACACCAGGAGCUUUUUCUACGCGGCGGGAGAGAAGAUCAAAGAAACCUACGACACAACCCGCAUUGCUGCCCGUCUCAGCCGGCCUCCCGCGGCCCGACUGGAGUCCACGAGCGACCUCGGCCAUGCAGGGACGGUCAGAUACAGCAACAAUGCCGUUUUUGUCGAAAAGGGCACCUUCUCAGUCUGA